AUGGCCUCCAGCUUGUCACUGCGGGGUUACUCGGUGAGCCGCCAGCCGUCUUUCUCCUGCCGCUCCCUGAUGGACACGGGCCGCUCCCGCUCCCGCGCCUCCGUCUCCUUCUCCGCCGCCGGCCCGCCGGUCCGCUCGGCCUCCGUCGGCCACGACCUCAACAGCCCGACUGGUCUCCAGCUCAACGGGCUGCACGGCAGCGACGAGAAGGAGGCCAUGCAGAGCCUGAACAGCCGCCUGGCCAAGUACCUGGACAAGGUGCACACGCUGGAGCGCUCCAACGCCGACUUGGAGUCCAAGAUCCAGCAGCUGAUGAUGGCGCGCGUCCCCAAAGGCCACGACCUGGACUCCAUGAUGGUUCAGGCUCACGUGGUAGAGCAAGAGGUGAGGAAGAAGACCUUGGAAAACGCCCGUCUGAUGUUGGAGAUGGACAACGCCAAGCUGGCGGCCGACGACUUCAGAGUCAAGUGGGAGAUGGAGCUGGUCAUGUGUCAGUCGGUGGAGCGAGACUGUGUGGCGCUGAAGAAAGCCAAGGUGGAGCACGAGCAGAUCAUCGCCUCGCUCAGAGGAGAUCUGGACAGCCUGAAGGAGGAGCUCUACUUCCUCAGGAGGAACCACCAGGAGGAACUGGAGCAGAUGAAGUCCCGCAUCGCCAAAGACGAGGUCAACGUGGAGGUGGACUCGGCCCAGGGACCGGAGCUGGGAACCAUCCUGUCUGACCUGAGGAUCCAGUACGAGGGGAUUGUGAAGAAAAACAAGGAACAUGCUGAGCACUGGUACCGCAAGAAGCUGGAGGCGGUGCAGAACGAUGUCAAGGAGAGCAACGAGGCCCUGAGAGGCGCCCGGGGCGAGCUGGUGGAGAGGCAACGCUUCCUCCAAAACCUGGAAGUGGAGCUGGAGAGUUUCCACAAGCAGGUCGCCGCCUUGGACGGGAACUUGGACGAGACGGGUCUCAAGUACUCGAGCGAGAUGGAGCGUCUGCAGGUCACCCUCAACCAGCUGGAGGAAGACCUCUCGCAGCUGCGGCUGGACAUGCAGCGCACCAAGACCGACUACGAGCAUCUGCUCCGCAUCAAGCAGAACCUGGAGAUGGAGAUCGCCACCUACAGGCGUCUGCUGGAGGGCGAGGAAAGUCUUAAGGAAGUUCCUCCGCCACCAAAAAAGGAGCCCGAAGUUCGCACCAGGAAGAUCGUGAAGGUGGUGACCCAGACCAUGGUCAACGGCAAGGUGGUGGACGAGUCCAGCGAGGUGGAGCAAAUCGAGGAGACCAAGAAAUAGAAGGUUGUGUAGGAUACAAAAAAAUGAAAUAUUAUUCAUGGAAUAGAGCGCCUUCAAGAAGCUGAUACGCAGUAGUUGUGCAUGCUAACACCAACCUUGGAUUAGACUGAAGUACAUGAUAUAAGUAUUCGA